UGCUGCGUCUCUGCUCCGAUCGCCUCGCCUCCCCCCCUCGUCGCCGGUGCCAUGGCUUCGGCGGCUUUGGUCUCCUCGGCCAUGGUGGAGUUCCCUACGCUGGCGGCGUCGGCUGGGGCCGGCCCUGACAUGCUGGCGUACCUCGAGGCGCGCUCCCUCAACCGCACAGCCACGCUGGCGCUGGUGGCGGACACCUGGGAGAGCGUGGACACUAAGGUGUUCCGGCCCUUUCGCGACGGCAUCGUCGCCGGCACCAUGCACAAGGUGGACGACGAGGAGGCCCCGGUCGCACAGAUGCACUGGGAGCACACGAGGGACAAACUCUACACUCCCGUCGCCGUCGGCGAGCGUAGUGCCGGCUCGGCCCCGCACCAGCUCAAGCUCGUCGACGGCGCCCUGGCCGUCGAGGAGGAUCGCCCGAUGGUGCCCAAGGGCAUCUGGUCCGUCGUGGCCAUCGUCGCGUACGUCGAUUGGUGGGUCGGCAAGGCCAGGCUGCGGUCACACCAACUCGACGCGGUCGUCGAUUACUGGGACGCCGCGUCGCACCGGCUUGCGUCGGAGAUGCGCCUCGGCAGGACCUUCGACGAGGUGUCGCGCGACAUCACCGGCGACAACCUGGCCUUCAGCGAGGCGAUGCUGGCGUCCAGGCAGCCGGCCAAGAAGAACCACACCACCCAGGCCACCGAGGACAACACCGGCGAGCCCGACGACCAGCCAAAGGGAAAGGCCAAGGGGAAAGGCACCCGCUGGCGUCCCGGCAAGCGCCAGCGAACCACCACAGGCCGGGACGGCCGAGACCAGGAUUGGGAGGCGGACUGGCCCACGCGGCGGUGGACCAGAGACGACCGGGACGAUGAUAACCGUCGCGGCGGCCGCUACCAGCAGACCGGCCGCAACGACGAGGACAGGCGUGGACAACGCCAGUGGCGCGGCCAGCAGCAGUGGCGCGGCCAGGGGAACGACCGCGGCGAGGACAGCCGUCGCGCCACCUUGGCUGUCCGACCGGCACUUCGCCGGCGCAGAAGGCGGAUCGACUACAUUGUGCUCUCCUUGUUCGACGGCAUCGGCGCCGCGCCCGCCAUUCUUGAAGACCUGUAUGGCGAGCCGGUGGCGGCGUUCUCUUGGGAGGUCGACCGACUGUGCGUCAAGCUGGCGUCGGCGAGGCUGCCGUGGAUGACGCACCGGGGCGACUUCACAGCCGACUCGGCUCAGGCGGUGGCGGCUGCCAUCGAGAAGGCCGACCCCCGUGCACGGGCGAUCGUCAUCGUCGCUGCGGCGCCACCGUGCCAAGACUUCUCUCGCAUUGGGUCGGCCGCCGGCCACACUGGCGACAAAGGCAGCCUCUUCCUCAAAUCCGUCGACUUUGUGCACGACCUGGCGGGGCUCAUCGGCGAUCGCCGCCUGGGCUUCCUCUUUGAGAACGUCGUGAUGGAGCCCAAGGACGCGGCGGUGGUAUCCGAGGCCCUGGGGGUAGAGCCGUUCGUCGCAUGUGUCGGACUUCGGCUGGAUAUCGCGCCCGAGACUGUGGUGGAUGUCGCCGGCGGUGACGACCAUGUCGAUCGACCCGGCCGAGGGGCGGCAGCUCCAGUGGAGCAAGCAGGGGUCGUUCCGGCGACUUCGGUUGGAGUCACCACGGGCACCGGCAGAGGAGAUGGAAGCAGAUGGCCUGUCCUUCCACGAGGCGGUGACGUCCGGCCGGCUACGGUUGCUGCGCCACCACGCCGGCUGAGGAUGACCAGGGACGACCGGCGCCCAAACGGGUCCGGCAGAAGCUGCCCGAACCGGCCAAGGCGAGAUGGGCGGCAGGCAGUCCCGCCGGCGGCCAAGGAGAAGCUGCACAUGCUGCCCCCCCCAUACACGGCGGCCAGUUUCCUCGACGACCGGGCCCGGCACAAGAUGCUGGCCAACGGUUGGCGUUGGGGAGUGGCGGUCCACGAUGCAGUGGAUGGUCGAACAGUUCGGCGGCGGCCCGGUACCCAUGGAACCACCGCCGCGCCUGCGACCGACCUGGAACUGCCCGACGACGACCCGGACAUGCACUGGCACCUGGCGGGCCAACUGGUCCACUGCACGGUGGCACGCCGGCCGAGCCUGGAACCGGCGCUUGAACGGGUGCUGGAGCUGUGGACGCACUGGCGCCCCGGUUGCGCGACGGGAGGUGCUGUUCGAACGCAGCUGGUCCAGGACAUGCAGGAGACCACGGACGAAUGGUUGGCGGCGCGGUCGGCGCCGAUCCGGUCUACCUACACGGUGCCCGGCAAGACCCGGCACACACAGAUCCCCGUCGUGCUGCACCUCCUGCAGAUGGUCGGCUACCCGGACGUGGCAGGCAUGACGGCGGACCUCACAGACGGCUUUGAUAUGCUGGGCGAGCUCCGGCGCGGACCGGGCUGGAAGCCGCGGACAGACGGCCGAUACUCCAACCCG